GUGCCUCACUGGCCCCUUUCUUCUCCUCCGUCUUCCUUCCAUUUCUAUCGUCUCUCUCUCUCGAGUCAAUUAUUGCAAGCGCAGGCAGUAGUUGUGGCACCACCGAGUCCGAGAGAGAGAAAGAGAAAGAGAAACAUCUGUGACAAAAAAAGUCUCCGACCGGUGGUGACAUUAUCGAAACUACAAAGAUGCCACAGCUCACGAAGCUCUAUACCAUGGCGGAAGCCUCCGACCACAACACCAAGGACGACUGCUGGGUCGUCAUCGACGGCAAGGUGUACGAUGUGUCAUCAUACUUGGACGAUCACCCCGGCGGAGAUGAUGUAGUGCUUGCUGCAACUGGGAGGGAUGCCACUGAAGAUUUUGAAGAUGCUGGGCAUAGCAAAAGUGCGAAGGAGCUCAUGGAAACCUUUUGCAUUGGUGAACUCGACACCUCUGCUAUUCCUGAACUCGAAAUCAUCUCCAAGAAGCAGCGAAGAGAUUAUGCACAGAAGCUCGUAGAAUUGACAAAGCAAUACUGGGUUGUUCCUACCACGGUUGUCGGAGUCUCUGUUGUAGUUGGUUUCUUGUACUUGCGUAAGAAGUGAUGAUGCAUAUUGCACGCGGUAAAAUUUUGCUCUGCUAAGCCGCUCCUGUCACAAUUUUGAAUAAUGUUUACAAGGAUAGUAACCAAAAGAACUGGCCCAUAUGUUAGGAUUUCAAAAAUUUGGGAAAUUAUUAGAAAGGUGGAAAUCGAUUUUUAAGAUUUGAUUUAUGUGAGAAUGAUUGAAUACAAACAUAUCUGAAAAGAUGCAAUUCAAUAAAACUAGGAAUUU